AUGCGUCUUCUCCAGUCCCUCCUCUUCUACACCAGCAUCCUCAUGCUACCCAACCCCACCGCCGCGCACAACAAAGCCCUAACUCCGCGGAGCAAAGGCGCAGAUACUAUCUCAUUCACAUUCCAGCCCGACGACAGCAUCAGCGGCGCCCUAACCAUGCACUCGGAACAGACGCUCGAGUACUUCAAAAACGAGCUUGGGAUCGACGUGACGAAACUACGGAACCACCCUGAACUCUUCAGCCACAGUCCCAGCGGACACUACGUCUUCCCCGAGCCGAGCGGCGUAGAGGGCACACUGUCCUGGAACCUAACAGGACGAGAUCCCACUUCUCUCGGCACCUACGAACGACUCACCUGUGACGACUGCGCUGCGAUCUGCGGAGGCUUGGCUGCAGUCCCUUUCGGAUUUAUCAUGUACGUACCUAGAUAUACCGGGUUUGCCACGUGCCUUCGAUAA